AAGUAAAUAAAAGCCCAAUGUAAUUUCAAUUUUGUUGAAUUUGCAUAGAUAAAAAACAAAAAUAAAAACCCAAUUUUUACUGUGACUGAAGUUCUUGGUGGUGGUGGGCAUGGAGAAAUCAGGCGACGAUGUUGUCCUGCUGGAUCGUGCGUCCCGAGCCACUCGAGGCAAGAGGUUAACCAAACUCCUAGACGAUGAAAUCCAAGAAGAUGAAUUGUUCUGGAACCAGGACGCUCUUAAAGAGGAGGAAGAGGACGAUAACUACCAAGAGGAACCUGAGAUCGCCGAUGAGUUUGACUCUGAUUUCGACGAAGAUGAGCCGGAGCCCGAGGAAGAAGAGCCUAACAAAUAUGACGCUGAGGACAGAAUGCAUAAAAAGAAGCGACUGGUAUUUCCUGGGAAGACUCUGGCUGUGAAGAAGAAAAAGAAGAAAACUUUAUCGAAAUUGGAAGGUUCUCCGAAUGAAGAAGAGCAUUCUGGGAAGGCUGCUGAGGAACAGCAGGAUGAGACUGGGGAGAGAAUGAUCAGGAAGUCCACUAGGACUUCUGUCAUCGUUCGCCAAGCUGAGAGAGAUGCCAUUCGUGCAGCCCUCCAAGCUACUAUCAAGCCGGUCAAAAGGAAAAAGGAAGGCGAGGAGAAGAGGAUGACACAAGAGGAGAUGCUUUUAGAAGCUGCUCAAACAGAGAUCAUGAACUUGCGCAAUUUGGAGCGUGUUUUAGCUAGAGAGGAAGAGGUUAAGAGAAGAGCAAUUGUGCAUAAAAAUGUUUAUAAUGGUCCACAGAUACAGUACAUUUCAAAAAAUGGCUGCUCCUAUUUAGAGUUCAUUAAAGGGUCAUCAUUCCACUCAGAGAUUUCCACAGGGCCUAUACAAUAUCCAGAACAACCUGUUUGUGCGAUUACUGGUUUGCCUGCCAAGUAUCGUGAUCCAAAGACUGGCCUGCCAUAUGCUACAAAAGAAGCUUUUAAAAUAAUUCGAGAACGUUGGAAUUGCACCUGGACCUUUCUCAGAAGCAUGAGAAGAUCCAAUAACAAUACCACCACUUGAUGGUUGCUUUCUUUUAUUGGUUGCUUGUCUCCUUGUAUAAACUAUUGGUUCUCACAUACUUGAAGCUUCAUAAACAGUUGCCUAAUUAAAAGUGGGAUCAUCAUCAAAAACCAACUCAUUUCCCCCCUCUUCGGUAUCAUUAUCAUCAUCAACUUCUACCACUAACCACUCAUUACAUUCAUCAAUGGCAUUCAAUACAAUAGGGUCUAUUUCAUCCCUAAUAGUGAAUCUUUGAGCAAGUUGUUGAUUAUAUUUUGUGUAAACCAAAUCAUGCAACCUUUCGUGGUUCAGCCUAUUCCUUUUCUUUGAAUGACUCUGCAUUAUGAAUAAGUAAAAUGUGAUUAAUUUCUUUCUACACUCUACAAAUAAGAUAAUAAUGAAACUAGUCAUGUCUUGUUACUUUCUCCAAAACACUCCAAUUGCUCUCACAUCCCAUGAGCUACAUGUCAAAUUUAAAAUCUUGAUUACUAGCUUUUGUAAGUUGGGAGCUGCAUGCCCAUAAUUCUUCCACCAUUGAGUUACAAAAGCAAAGAAAGUAACUUAGAAUGUAACUAUUAUAUCUUACUGCAAUUUGGAAAGCAUUUUAAGUGGGGUUGUGGUCUUCCAUAAUUCUUUGGCAAAAUCAUUACCAAUGAGACUUGCGCUCUUAGUUACUUAGUUAAAAUUUUUUGCUGCACAUCUUACAUGGCACCAACCUCUUGAUGCAAGGAUAUGAUCCAUUUGUAACUUCCAAAUCAUAUUCCAUGUCUGGGUUGGAAUAAUAGAACGCUGGGUUCAAAAAGUGACCAGCUGCAUGCAAGGGGCGAUGAAGUUGACAUGCCCAUCUGUUAUCAAUGAUUGUAAAUACAUCAUUGUAUUUACUUUCAUUGCUGUUGAAUGACUUCAUUAUUGUUUCCUUGGCUUUCUCCAUUGCUUCAUAUUAUAGCCCAUAGUUGUUUUUCUUUCUAGAUGAAGCACUUGAACAAUAAGAACCGUGACUUUGAGAGUAAAUAUCACAUGAUUCCAAAAUGAAGCCAUGAGAACAAUUUUUGUAGCCUCCCUCCCUUAGCUUCCUUAGAUAGCUUGUUAUUUUUCCAUUCAUCAGAAGUGAACAUCUUUCUCAAAUUUUCCCUUCUUUUGAUGCAAUUUGUAAUGAUAAAUGAGUGGUAGCAAACCUCUUACAACGUGUCUUAGUCAUUGGUGUAUAAUAAUUUUGCUUGUUUCCAAACUUUAGAACAGGCUUCGUAAGCACGAAACAUUUAUUUUAAAGAAGAGUGAAUGGUAUUCUUGAGGACCAUGCAUAACUUAGCAUCAAUUUUGUUCCAACGGGAAAAUUCUCCAAGAGGAGUAUCUGUCACUCUUUGAGUAAGAUGAUUAAGAUGCCCUUGACUCUUAAACCAAAAACCAAAGUUUAAUGUCUGAUGCUCAAGUCGUAUAAUUAGUGUUAUCUUACUUAUCAAUAGACAAGUGUACAUUGACAUAAUUAGUAUAGACUGACGGAUCAGACACUAUGUGCGUUGGCAGAAGAGGUAUCAAUAGAAGUAACAAAAGAAGCCAUGGAUUAACAAGAGAGAGAAAACCCUAAAAAUUCAAGAUGCUCUAAUCAAGGCAAUAAACACAAAUCUUGGAAGAGGAGAAUGAGGUGACCCCAAUGUAAAUGAUCAUUGUCGAAAAGGAGCAGGGACCUGCUGCCAGGCGUGGUGGUAAAGCGUAGGAUUGUGAGGGGCAUGUGAGGGCGCAUGGGAGCUCCGAUGAGGAUGGUCUCGACGGCGCAGUGGUCACUUUGUUGAGACGAGAAAAAUUGUGUGGUUGUCGGUUUGAAUGGAACUCCGGCGAUGAUGAUGACGACUGACAUUAAUGGCGAUGGUUGCAGUGACAACGAAAAAAUUUGCCAAAAACCCUGAGGCUCUAGAUACCAUAUUGAAUAUAGUGAAAAACUUGGUUUAGGAUUACUCUCUUUUGUGUAGAGAAAACACAUAGGGUACUGUAUUUAUAAUAAAAAAAAUGAGUUAAGUCCAAAAUACAAAUAAUGAUAAAAAAAAAUAAUAACAUAUGAACUGAUAA